AAUGCUGUGCAUGCCAGUUCGUUCAAAGGCAUCGUUGAAGCUUUGAAGUUUGAGAGAAGCUUGGCAUAAGUAAAAUAAGUGCAGCCUCGCCUUCUUUCCUUCGUAGUUGGUUCUUCCUUCCAUUGGUCAGUGAAUGAAUCCUUUGUUGGACAACUUUCGGUUCUUAUCUCAUCUGUGACUGAAGAUCAGGCGGAGCCUGUCCCUUUUAUUUGGUGAAAUUCGCCCACACAGUUGCCUCCAGAAUAGAUUUUGAGCAAUAGGAUUUUGUGCACGCCUGGAAGGUCGAGGGAUCGGACGUGGCUGGUGGUUGGAGGAAUGUCAUGGAAUGUGAACUGGUUACGUGACUGCUUUCCCGCAGUUGUUUAGGCGAAGAGCCUCUGUGCAGUGUGUGCUGCUAUGGUGGGCUCAGCACUCUCUGCCUGCUCAGAUAAUAUAAUUACUACACCUCCUACUAGGUCUGGCUAUGGGUGUCUUGGUGAACAGACAAAGCUUGAUGAUGCGCUGGGCAGUGCCCUACACACAAACACCGAAGGCAAGGAGAAGGAGCAGAAGCCAGCUUCUUGCUUCUUCAACCUUUCCUGGACCGUUGUCAUCACCGGCAUUAUAGCAGUUCUGGUUUUAGUUCUUGGCCGACAGUAUUUGCGUAGUUUGCUGACCAUGCUUGGCCGUCUACGUGGCUGGCAGAGCGCUCUAAUCUUCCUGAUCCUGUUCACCAUCGUCUGUUUUCCCAUGACGUUCGGCUACUUCCCGCUCAAUGUUGCGUGCGGAUACUUCUACGGCUUCUGGGCCGGCACAACGCUGGUGGUGGGCUGUGUGACGCUAGGUGUAACGGUGUCGCUGGUCGUUUGCCGGCGCUGGCUGCGCCAGGCUGUGCAAUCGCGACUGGAGUCGGAGCACCUCCGCGCCGUCAUGCGUGUUGUCGAGGGGCGGCAAGGCUUUCGCGUUGUGGCGCUGACCCGGCUCACACCGAUCCCUUUUGGACUUCAGAAUGGGCUGUUCGCGAUAACGAGCAUGCCCGUCUUGAAGUGCACCCUCGCCAGUUGCUUGGGCCUGCUGCCCACACAGAUCAUUAACACUUAUGUGGGCACGACGCUACGCAACAUGGAGGAGAUCUACACCAGCCAGGCGGACAGCUACGUCAUCCUCGUCGUCCAGGUGGUCGUCACUGGCUGCCUCCUUGUCUAUGUGUUCAGGCGAGCACGGCAUGAGAUCAACAAGGCCAUGGCGCAGUCGGACACGGAACAUCGCAGUGUCACCGUGGAGGAGGGCCGUGUUGUCAACAUCAAGAUGAAGUCCAUGCCCAGGACUGCCUCCUCUGGCACAUUAGCCUCCAAGUUUUCCUCUUCCAAUGGCCAUGUUACGACACAGGUUUCCGCGAUGCAGAGCCAUCAGCAGCAUCGGCGCACAAUGUCAGCUACUAAUGUCCUUCUGGCCGUGAACGAGCCUAGGCCGACCACGCCAAACGCGCUGCCGUCCGACUCAUCCCAACCCAGCUAACAUGAAACAAUCCCAUAGUCAUAGAACAUUGCUCGUAUCUGGCUAUCCCCCUUUCUUAUUCCCCUCCCCCUCCUUUUUUCUUUUUUCUUUUUCUUUUUACAUACAAAACAUGUUUGAUUCUUGACAUUGCAGCUGGGACAUGCGUGAACGCUACUGUGUUGGUGGAGUAUUUAUUUGCCAGCCCCUCGUCGUCACUGUUAGCCCGGCACUACUGCUUGAUUUAGGUCCCGUGUACUAGUAGGUGUGAUUACUGAAUGCAUAGGAACUGACUUUGGAUGUUGCACAUCCUCUCUUUCCUCUGCCUUCUUUCUUUUUUAAAAUUAUAUUAGAAUUGUAUUUAAACUCUCCCUCUGAGAUCAGGUGUUUAUCUGCCACUUCAAUGCUUCUGCUGCUGUUGAAAAUACCCUCUUGCCCCGCUCGUUCCUGCGCCCUUUCCUGAAGAUGGCAUUCCAAUCUCCUUGCCGCCGCACCAUCUCCCAGUGUGUACGCCCACUUAUCCACGUUGCUACUGGUGGCAGACCUGGUGGAAGAACAUUCACUUACAUAGAUAUCUAUUUUUUUUAAUGUUAGUAACCGAAUUCUGAGUCGCCUCUUGCGAUCCCUGUUUACGUUGUUAGUUUUUUUUUUUUUUUUUUUUGCUUUUUUUCCCGCUUUCUAUGAGCAUAUCGAGACAGAGCGGAGUGUUUUUACUAGUGCGGGUUGUAAAUUGUUCUUGUUUUCUGGUGUGA